GAGCAUUAAAAAAUAAUAAAAUAAAAAUAAAUAUAGAAAAGGAUAGUAAUAGAUUUAUUCAUUCAUUCAUUCACAUUUCACAGUAGUAGCAAUUGCAACGAACACUCACCACGCUCUGCCUCGGUGUGUCCCUAUCUCAUUACGCCGUGGCACCCUCUUCGUGACACCAUGCACAGACAAUCCCUGGGCUCUCCGUCUCCCAAACCCUCCAAGGAAGAGACGCUCCUCGACGAUGCACCAAAGCCUCACCGCCUCUCCUCGCCGCCUCCUCCGCCGCACAAGUUCAUCCACCUCAUUCCCCUCCUCACUCUCUUCUGCUUCUUCGUCCUCUACCUCUGCUCCCACACUCCCUCUCCCACAGACUUGAAUCAUUUCGCCGGACUCAACCGCACGCCGUCGCAUCGUCUAGCGGCCAAGAUCGGCGGCGACAUUGGACAGUACAUGGAUGUAAAGAGAAGCGAUGUUUUGGCGAUCCGAAGUUUGCAACAGAUACCGAAAUCUCGCCCUCACAGGAAACUCGCCGAUUUUUAAGCUCGCACGCGCACCUUCUCCACCUCCAGUUUCCACACGUGCGCGGUUCUCUCGUUGAUCCAUUCUAUAUUCUUGUUCCUGUUGUACAUUCCAUUUGCUUUAAUUUAUCGCUCAUAAAAAAAUAAAACAAAAUAAAAUCGAAUUCACCUUCAUAGA